AAACAAUCAAGUGUUCCUGAAGAUGGCGGUGACCGACAACUUCCAGAGCGAAAGCUACAACUUCGUGGACCGGAUCUUCGCAAAGGCGGAGAUCCCCCACCGUCUGUUUGGCUGGCCGUCGGCCCACGAGUUCGGCAUGGAAUUCGGCCCCGUGCCGUCCGUCUCCUGCAGCUACACGCCCCCGGGGUGGAUCAUCCCCGACGACCACAUCGACGGCGCCAUCUGGGCGCUGCGGGCGGCGGGACUGCGGCCAUGUCCUCAGGGACGGAAAUGCCCUACGGUGUGUAGUCCCUGGCUGCCCCCGACGGACGUGGACCAUUUUCACCGCACCGAGGGCGAUGCGCAGGUCCUGCCCCAGCAUCCGCAGCUGCUCCGGGUGAUUCGGCUCUAUCGGAAGUCGGAGUAUCUGUGGUAUACUGGCUUGUAG